GUUUUCUUUAGUCAUAUACAUCUCGGAUACCAUGGGAGAACAACAAUAUCUACCCACAGAAAUAUGGCAGGAGAUUUUCAUCUGCUGCCUGCCGGACCUUAAAAAAGCCACACAUUACAUGUAUUACCGUACCUCAGAUCUCGUCCCUCCGCCUCCAUCCACACGCGAUGCGCCUCUGCUCCUCUUACUCGUCUGCCGAACCUGGUGGUACUGGGCCCUUCACACCCCCGAACUCUGGGCACGCCUAUCCAUUAAUGUCGACUGGGGGAUAUCCUACCCACCUCUACCCCAAGUACAUUCAUGGCUCAUGCGCUCUGAAAGCGUCCCUCUGAUGUUCUCUCUCAGACAGAACAGCGACUGGGCAUCGGACCGCAUCUUGACCAGAAAGUUCCUCCAAAGGUUGCUAUGCGAUAUAUACAGGUGGCAGCACGUCUCUCUCCACCACUGCCAUGAUGAGGUGCUCCGCACUCUCGCGGAACACAACAACGUCGUUCCUCAGGCCCUGCGCUCCGUGUACCUAUCCUAUCCCGUCACUCCACCAACCGUCAUGACGCGGGAACUCACCAGCGCCCUCCAGCACCUCACCUCUGCACCGACCUUCUCCAGCCUCAUCGUCGUCGGCAUCAACAUCUUCAGAUGCCUCGACGACCCUUACCACAUCCACUGGGCGCGGCUCACCGAGCUCACACUCGACGACCUCAGCCACGUCUCCACCUGCCUCACACUCCUUGCGCUGUGCCCUCUCCUCGUGCGCUGCACCAUCGGCGUCCGCAACGCCACAUACACCCGCCUCACCUCAGCAGCCGAGCAGCACAUACACCCACCCCCACCACCAGGCCGCACGAUCGCCCUCCCCCACCUCGCCGCCCUCGCGCUCAUGCUCCCCGACGUUGACCUCCCCAUGCUGUUCGCCACCCCGCUCCACGCCCCCGCCCUUCGCUCGCUCACCCUCUCGCUCGCUCACCGCUUGUCCAACAUCGCCGCCACCGCCACCGCCUGGCCCCAGGCCGCCUUCGCAGCGUGGCUUGCACAAACUCAGUGUGUGCUGGCACGCAUCACGCUCUGCUACACGCACAUGCAGAGUGGUGCGUUCCACGCCUGCCUGGCGCUCCCCGCGUUCGCAGGGGUGCACAAGCUGGUGGUGCGCGAGAGGGCAUCGUUCCCCGCAGGCUGGGCAGAGUGCAUGUCGCGGGAUGCGCUUGCAGCGCUUACCGUUCGGGGCGGGAGGGAGGGGGGGUGCGUGCUCCUCCCGAAGCUGGAGGUGCUGGUGCUGUGGGGGCAGUGUGUGGAGGCGGGGGGCAGCACGGCGCUGGUGGAGAUGGUUGCAUCACGGUGUCAUGCUGGAGGAAGAGGAGGAGGAGGAGGAGUAGCGCGGUUGAGAAAGUUUUCAUGGUCGAGGGUGGCGGAUUAUGAUUAUGUUGACUUUGGGGAUCUCUGUACGCUCAAAGCGCUGAAGGACGGGGGGCUGGAGGUGCAUAUUUGCAGAGGGGGGGGGAGGCCGAGUUGUGGGUGUUUUUGGCAUUAGACCGGCGUUGUCAGAGAAGAACCUUGCUGCUGCUGGUAACGUCGACUUCUGCUCUGACAUUUGUGUGGCGUUGUGGGAUCUCAUCUCAACAGUGUACGUGUCAUAUUUGAACGGAACGGGUCUAAGCGACACGACUGAAAGAUGUCAUCAGUGAAAAACGCCGUCAAAAGAAGUCCAUAGUCACAUGGUCAAUUUCUGGACUGAAUUCGAGACAAGGCGGAAUGUCGGGGUGAUACAAAUGUCACAAUAUCAGCCUCAAGGUGUUCUCUGCAAAAGUAGGCAAUACAUACACUUUAUAUCAAUUCAUAGCUAGAAAACAUUAUAAAAGCAAAGAAAACGUUCGAACAUGUAUACUGACAAUCUUUC